AUACGUAGGUAUGAGUAUCGAUGGGCAGAUGGUGUACAAAUAAAGAAGCCUAUUGAAGUCUCAGCGCCAAAGUAUGUGGAGUACUUGAUGGAAUGGAUUGAAGUUCAGCUUGAUGAUGAGUCUAUAUUUCCUCAAAAGCUAGGUACACCUUUCCCUCCAAACUUUAAAGAAGUUGUAAAGACAAUAUUCAAGCGCUUGUUCCGCGUCUAUGCCCACAUAUACCACUCACAUUUUCAGAAGAUUGUCAGCCUCAAGGAAGAGGCGCAUCUUAAUACGUGCUUCAAGCAUUUCAUUCUUUUCACUUAUGUAAGCACUUCUAUUCUUGUAGCCAUUUGUACUUGAUGCAUCUUUAUGUUA